GCACAGCCGAACACCGUCCCAGCGGUAUGACCGUGUCACUCAAAGCGGAGCCGGCGCUAUGAGCAUUUUUGCGGGCUACUGUCAUGUCAUCUGAGACAUUUAAUUGGAGCCGGGCCGCCACGGGGAGACAGCGGGCGGCAUUCCUUCUCAGCCCGAGUCCUGUUGUGUUGCUAUCUGCCGCGUGUCUGCUUGUCCGUGGAUAACAUGUCCAAAACCCACGCAGAGCUGAACUGAAGGAGAACGCGUGACUGGAGAGCGGUCGUUUUGACUUUGAUUGAAAACUUCUAAACAAAAAAAAAAAAACAGCUGGAGACUCGAAAGAAAGUGGAAGUCCGCUUUUUUUUUGGGAGAGAGAGUUUCGUCAUAGCUUCUGAAUUUGCGCAGAGGAACUUCGGCUGAGUAACUUCUGAGACAUCGAAAGUGGCCUGACGGAAAACAACGACUAUCUAUCUUAAGGACUUUUAACUGUUACCUGAUUUUUAACCAUUUCUUCGGAUUUCUUGGGUCGGGUUCGUGUGCUUCAGGUAAACUAACCUGUUGGCCCAGCUAUUCGCUGCAUGCUCUGUUUUGUGCCUGCGGCUCAAGGGAUAAAUGAUCACCUCAACCAGAAGAGUGUCUCCCGAUAAAUCUGAAGUAAGAAUCGCCUUCAGCCUCGACGACACAUCAGAAGUAAAAGAUGUGGAGGAUGUCAAUCAAACUUUCCCCGAUCUUGAGCAGCGAUUACAGCCCGUGCCCCCCUGUGUUGCACUGAGAGAGAGCGUUCAGGUGUACAAGGAGCACUGCAGGAUGGCAAGAGAGUUCCACCAGGUCAAACAUGACAUUGCUGUGCUUGAGGACCGCAAGCGAAAGUUGCUGGCAGAGCUGGUAGAGGAUGAAAAAGUUGCAGUUGAAAUCGCCCGUCUAGAGGAGGAGUUUCGGCGUCUAAUGGAGGAGAACCGCACCCUGGUGACUGUCCACAACGAGCGCGCUCAGCAGCUGGAGACGCUCUGCUUGACCAGUCGCACGACGCAGGACUCCUCGUGACCCCCGACCUCCACGGAACCUGAGACCUACAAAACAUCCAGCUGGACAUUCAGGCCAGGAAACCAACCAGAAAUAAAGACUCAUUCUACAAAACAACAGUCAAUGAAUCAGCUAAAUACACGGAAAGGCGCUGUAUUUAUUCAUGUGUGAGUCAUUUGUUUUAACCACAGACUUGCUGUCAUCAUAAGUGUGAAGCUGUUUGAGUGAUUCUACCAAGCUAGGACACAAGGCCUCCCUUUCUGGGUGCUGUUUUCUGUUAUGUGAUCUCGCAGAUCCUUUCAGGCUCUAAUACCUCAGUGUAUUCAAUGUCAGCCGCUGUGAAUGUGACCACAUAUUCUGACAUUUUUCUCAGGUCCUGUGGAGACUCAGAUCUUUUACCUGAGGUUUGAUGAGGGAGCCAAAGGUGGUAUGUUGUGGUCCAAAUGUCGUAUUAUGAGGAGUGCCAUCCCUACGUAUCCCUCCUCUUGCCCUAGCAGUUCCUGUUAUUAUAAAAGGGGAAAUGAUUGUUUCAGGCAGCAUCGAGGAUCAGGGAAUUGAAGCCAUUUUUGAGGAAGAGUUAAAAGAAGAAGGCUGAUUGUUUGUUUCACAAUAAGUUUCAGCUGCGACACAACACUGUUGGAGUUGUACAUUUUUUUAGAUGUCUCAUCCACCGGCAGAAGAGGAAGAAAAAAACGACAAAACAACCUUGCUUAUCAUCCUCGUCUAUUA